AUGCCGAGAACUUUAAACCACACUCAUGUCAGAUUGAUUCCGAAAAGCACUGAGGCAAAAACAGUUGCAGAUUAUAGACCAAUUGCACUUUGCAAUGUCUACUACAAGAUAAUCUCUAAACUGCUUGCCAAUAGGCUUAAACAAGUCCUUCCAGACCUGAUCUCGGAAAAUCAAUCUGCCUUUGUCCAAAAGAGAGCUAUCACUGACAACAUCCUCAUCUCCCAUGAGGUCCUGCACUUUCUCAAAACUUCCCAAGCAACCAAACACUGCUCAAUGGCCGUCAAAACAGAUAUGAGUAAGGCAUAUGACCGUCUCAAAUGGGAUUUUAUUGAAGCUGUCCUCUUACAACUCGGCUUCAACCCUACUUGGACCAAUCUGAUAAUGCAAUGCAUAAGAACCGUUUCCUAUUCCUUUCUCAUCAACGGGUCGGCUCAGGGACUAGUCAAACCGAAAAGAGGCAUUAGACAGGGAGAUCCCCUCUCACCUUACAUCUUCAUCAUGUGCAGUGAAGUUUUGUCAGGACUCUGUCGAAAGGCGCAAGAAGAGAAAUGUCUGCAAGGCAUUCGGGUAGCUACACACUGCCCCAGCAUAAAUCAUCUUUUAUUCGCAGACGAUACUCUAUUCUUCUGUAGAACCAACCCAAAAAACGUCUCAGCCCUCCUAAAGAUCCUCUCACUAUAUGAGACAGCCUCAGGACAACGAAUCAAUCCACAAAAGUCAGGUAUAACCUUCUCUCACCAAGCUCCCCUAAUGCUCAAAGAAAAUAUUAAAACAGAGCUGGGAAUUGAGAAAGAGGAAGGGGCAGGGAAGUAUCUUGGUGUGCCUGAACAUUUUGGCCGGAAAAAACGAGACCUGUUUACUGCCAUUGUGGACAGAAUCCGACAAAGGGCGGUUAGAUACGCUACAAGAUAUUUAUCUUCUGUGGGCAAGAUGACUCUCCUAAAGUCUGCAGGAGAUCGCGGUAUGGCUCUAGUAGCAUGGAACACAAUGGUGAAAUCUAAAAGCGAUGGAGGCUUGGGAUUUCGUGACAUACAAAGCUUCAAUGAUGCCCUCCUGGCCAAAAUUAGCUUGCGCAUUCUGACCUCGCCCUCAUGUCUUCUGGCUCGGGUACUUGCUGGGAAAUACUUUCAUGACCAAGACUUCCUCACCGUACAACCCCCAGCAGCAUGUUCCCAUGGCUGGAGGGGGAUAUUAAUAGGACGAGAUCUGCUUAAAGAACAUCUGGGUUGGGCCAUUGGUGAUGGCCAGAGUGCACUAGCGUGGCAAGACUCCUGGUUAUCUGAUCUCUCCGGCGCCUCAAUGGGACCUAUACCUGAACUCGAGUCAAGUUUGAAAGUUGCUGAACUACUCCAAGCACAGUCACGAGAUUGGGAUGAAGGGAAAAUUAAUCACCACUUCCCUCUUAUCUAUGAAUCUAUCAAGUCUAUCAAACCGAGCAAAUGGGGAGGUGCUGAUAAACGAAUCUGGCGCAAGCAAGCUUCAGGAAUCUACACUGCUAAAACUGGAUACUAUGUUGCGCUAGAGAAAAACAAACCAGACAUCCCAGUAGCCCAAGAGUACUCUCAUGAUUGUAUUAAAGAUUUGUGGAGCGUUAAGAUGGCACCUAAACUGAAGCUACCCUUAUGGAAAAUCCUACAUGAAGCCCUCCCUGUUGGAGAACUCCUGGUUGCAAGACAAAUCCUUCCUAGUGCUAAAUGUAUCAGGUGUGAGUGUCCUGAAUCAAUUUUACACCUAUUCUACCAUUGCCCCUAUGCACAGAAGGUAUGGAAAUUGGCACCUUAUGCAGGAGACCUCGAUGCUUUACAAGUACCCUCCUUUGAGAUGGGUUGGAGAAGGGCUUUGAAUGCUGCUGUCCUCCCUCCUAUUGGCCUUAGUGAUUGCCAUCUUGCUCCAUGGAUCAUCGCUUCUAUCUGGUCUACAAGGAAUCUCCUCGUGUUUCAAAAACGAGAAUUCACAGCUUAG